CUCCACCAUGUCAUUAGCAGCUGUUUUGAUUGACCUUGUGAGAAGGAGAAGGCCCUGGGGCUCCUCACAGGCUCACCUCCAUGCCUUCGUGUCCCACAGGAUCCAUCACAGGUCAGGCCCUGAGGGCACUAAUUGGCCAUAAUCAUCCUGAGCAGCCUCAUCCGUGGGUGGACUCGCCCCCACAACACCUCCCAGUCCUCUGCCCAAGCCUCAGGAGCCCCAUCUAAGCUCAGGCUCUGAUCCCUGCUGUGUUCUGAGCGCUGCUCUGAUGUCCUGGCUCUGAUCAGCCGCCGGGACAGACCUGGGGUCUCUGCUGGAGGUGCCUUGUCUCCUGGCUGCGUGGAGCUCUGUCUCUGUCCCCAUGUCCUGCUACUGCUGAGAAGAUUUUCCCAGCCUUCCCAAAUGGAGAUUCUGGAUUUGGUUCCUUACCUUGGGCUGUCACCUUGCCGGUGAGGACCCUGCCUGUGCUGGGGCCACCCUUGGCUCCUGGCUUGUCCCCUCCACCGCUCCCUGCGGGCUGGACCUGCCAGGGAGACACCUCUGCCAUUAUCUGCUCCAAGCUCUGACUUGUCCCCAGGGUGGCGUGAGGUGGAGAAGAGAAGGGGCUGCCUCCAUCCUCUGUGGUUUGGGCUGGGAUUAUGGCAGGUCUCAGCACGGCUGCUUUCCUGUGAAAUGUUGCACAAGAGCUCUCGUGCUUGGGGCAGCCUCUGGGGCCACGGCCACCUGCUCAGCAGAGGCAGCACAAACAGGGUGAGCAGCCGCGGUUCUGCCGGGCUGUGUGUUUGCUUGAGCUCCCCUUCUGUGAGGAUUGUGCCCCUGUUAUGUCACUGCAGGGGCUGCUCUUGUUGCUGGAGUCCCCCUGGGUAACGCAGAGGUUGUUGGGGCCUCUUUGGUGACUGUCACAGGUGAUGGAGGAAGGUUCAUUUCUUGAGCCUUCACAAUUCACCCUGGAAUUCUGUCACAAACCAAAUAACUUAAAAAAGAAGAAGAAGAUAGAUAUAAGUGAGAGUAAACACAUCAUAAACACAUUUUCAUUACAACAUCUAGGUCCCUUAUCAUGUCUUGCUCAUCACAUUCAUUAACUGCAUUUAUUUUUCUGGUUGCUGGGGUUUUAUUCUAAUCAAACACUAGGAGCAGAUAAAUUCAUAACUUGUCCUAGUGCCAUCUUGAAAUUAUCAGGGCUAACUCUGUUCGGAAUUAAAUCACUAAAAUUAGACUGGAAUUGCUUCCAUGUCCUUUUUUUUCCUGUUAUCUCAGCUUUGCUUUAAAAGCUGAGCUGAAGCAUCUGUCUGCUGCUUGCUUAAACUCGAGGAGCUCUAAGAGGCUGAAGGUUGGAAAAAGGAGCCUGAAGUCCUCGUUAGGCAUCAUUUCCCUGAUUGCUACUCCACACAGAAGCCUCUCCACUGCAGAGUCUCCCUCACACCCCAGGUCUAUACUCCACUUAACCCUGAGGUAGUUGAUUGACCUCAUUGGAUAGAAAUGGAAAAAUAUCUCAUUUUUAGUGUGUUUGAGGAAGCUGACAUCAGAUCUAUUACUUCAUCUUCCUCAGUGAGAUAAGGCCACUUCCAGUUUCUGGUGCAGGUGCAUUGACCCGUGGCCCUUCUCGGCUGUAUUUGAGGGGUUCCUGCAUGCCCACAGGGAGUUUCCCCUCUGUCCCUGCUCCCCUGGAGGAGCCUGCCCAGUGAGUUAGUGCAGGCAGAACCCUGGGAAGGGCUCCUGGAAGGCACACAGCCUUCCUGCAGCCUCUGUGUCUCGUGACUCCGGGCAGAGCUUCCUGCACAGGAAGCGUCUCAGAUCACCAGCUUACAGCGCCUGGUGCUCCCCAGUGUCCCUCUGUAGGAAGCAGACUUUGGAAGAUAUUCUUAUUUUUCUAAUUUUAGAGUAUCUUUCCAGGCUGUAGGACUUGCCAGGGCUGUUCCUGGAAUCACAGGGAUUUUGGGAAGGAAGGAGAAUCACCUUUGGUUUGUGGUUGUGUCCUAAGUCAAUCAGGGCUUCACCAUGGAGACCCUGGAGGGAGCACCCCAAAGAAAUGUGAAGGAUCUUUACAGGCAGAAAGGGUGAAGAGGGUGUAAAGAAGCCAAACAAGGACGUCUCAUCUUGAAAAUGGAAAAGAUUCAAAGUGACUGAGUAGAACAGAAAAAAGCAGAGAAAACUUAUUCCGAACCCUCUCACCGCUUCCUGGGGACAGGUUUCAGGCACUGGGUGAUGCCCCUUGCCCCUGCCUUGCAGCCCAGCUGCUCUUGCAGUGCCUUCCCCAGUGCAGGAUGUCUGUGGUUGUUCUCCAGCACAGCUGGGAGUUUUCAGUCACCCGCUGAGACCCAAACCCAGCUCGGGGCUGUUUUGCCCAACUCCUCUGUCCCCUCAUGGCACCACUGCUGGCAAAGGCUGCAUCUGAUGUGUCCCCACAGCCCCCUUCCUCCUCCUGCAGAAUAACAAGAUUCUGUUUCUUUUUUAUGUAAACAAGCACAUUCUUCAGAGUCUGUUCAAGUGAAAGAAAAAGUUGGGCAGGGAGAGGGGCUUUCCAGCACUUCAUGUCUACACACCAGCCUUUCCCUUUCCAAAGCCAAAAAGAAGAAACAUCAAAAGUCCUCCAGGGAGCUGUGAGUCAUCUGGCUUCCAGACAUGGCUUCAAAUCCUGAGAAAAGGGAAGCAGAGCAUCCUAGGCCAGAUCUUCAACCAGAAAAAGAAACACAAAUCUGCAGCAGCUUAUAAAGGUCCAUCCAGAGCAGUGGAUCUUGAGCCUCCAUCAGCAGGAAAUGUGUCUGAUGAAGCUGGGCUUGGGGAGAACUGAGCAUGACCAGAGCAGUUCCAGCAUUGGGUGGUUUUUCUCCCAAAUAUUUUAAAAGGCAUCCAGGGAUGACAGUCCCAGCACAAUAUCCUGCUCUAGAGAGUGGCUGGAGGGUGCCAGUGUGAAGAAGGGCUUGAGGUGACCCCUUGGGUGGUUCACAGGGAGUGAGGGAGGACAGCAGUGCCAGGGGAUCUGCAUGGGACCCCACUGCUCCAUGCAUCCACUUGGAGCCUGGUUAAAAAGAGGGAAAGGUGAAAAAGUGUCCAAGCUGAGCAUGACUGGCAAGGACCUGCAGAGGGGCUCCUUGGACCUUCAGAAGGUCUGAAGAAAGAGAAACCCAGCACAAGGGGGGAGAACUGUCCCCCAGGUUAUCACAGAGGGGCUGACCUCCUUCAGCAGGUGCCUGCAGGAUCUGGGAUGCCUCCAGGCUGUGGAGGGAGGAAGAUGAUGGAAAGAGCCCCAAAACCUUUGAACAGUAGGUGUUCCAUCCAUUCCCCUCAGCCUGAUGCCGACUCCUGCCCUGCCCUGAAGCUGGGGCUAAGCCAGCCCUGUCCACAAGGAAAGGCUCAACCACACCCCCUUCUCUUUCCCCCCUCACUGCCCAGUUAUAAACAGGGAUUUUUGGUGGAAAAUUUGGGUUCUUCUCCGUAGCACCAACAUGGAAUGUGAUACAAUUUCUGCCAGUAUUUGCCAACUUGCCCCUUUCAGGCCACAGAGGGCUGGUGGCAGCAGCAGUCACUGUGCUUCUGUUUAAUGUUUUCCCAGGAUUCACAGGCCAUCCAGGGAUCUCCAGCACAUUUGUGUUGGCUCUGGGCUGUGACCUUUCCCGUAACACCGAGCUUUGCCUUUCCUAUGGCUAUGAAUCCCCUCUCUGAAGGCCCAGGAGCUCCUGACUUUCAGUCUGCAGAGAGGAGGCUUUCACUUCCUUCAUGACUUUCCCUGUGUGGGUGAACACAGAAGCUGACACAAUUCAUUUAGUCUUUCCAGGUAUUGUCUGUCUGUAAUCCUGGUGACCCCGUGUGACAUGGAAAUCCCCACGGGCAAUGAAGCUUUCCCUCGAAUUAGGUUCAAGUUCUCUGCAAAGGGAAAACUGGGGAGGAGUGGAGAGGAUAAAUUGCAGCAGCUCCUCGCCUGAGCUCAGAGUUGAGCUCUCCCAAAGAGGCAGAGCAGCAUCCUGCAAGAGAGAGCCCUGCCAGAGGCACCAUGCUCACUGCAAGGACAGCCCUGCUGCUCGCUGGGCUCCUCGCCUUCUUGCCGUGCUCCCGUGAAGCCCCUUACACUCCAGCCGAGUGCUGCUUCGACUACGUAAAGGGCGUCCUCCGGCUGGACAACCUCGUGGAUUUCUACUCAACUGCCAGGGAAUGUUAUUUCCCAGCAAUUGUGUUUGAGACCAAGAAAGGAGUCAAGGUCUGCGCAAACCCCCAGGAGAAGUGGGUGAAGAGAGCAGUUAAAGUGCUUCAAAAAAAGAAAAAACUUCGUGCCCCGUGAUGUAGAGCGGGUGCCCUGGUUGAGCUACCCAAUCCUGCUGGGAAGGAAGGUUUGCAUCCCCUCUCAGAAGGGGUUAAGGAUGUUCAGCUCCUGGGAGAGGGCAGCGAGUCCCCAGAGCCCUGAGCUGCAUCCACAGCUGGGCACCAGCUCCUGGAGUGCUGCUGGCCCAGCCUGUGCCUGCCUGCUGAUCACGGUCACGAAAUAAAGUUUCCUUCGUGUGACAUUGGAGAGUGGUGGCCUUUCUUCUCCCAGCCCCACAACUGUGCUGCUGCCAGCAGCUGGGGCUGGCUCUUCCCACUGGCUCUCAGGGCAGGAAGGGAGGGGAUGGAUGGGACUUCAAGGGGACCCAAAGGGGGCUGGAGACUCCUCUGAGGGUUUUUAGGUGCAAAACUGCCAUCAGUUUCAGGCUUAGGGGUUUCAGCCUGUCCCAUUUGCUGUCCUGUGGAGCAGCACAGCCUGCCUGCCACGUGUGCCCAGGCCCGUGGUGUCUCUGCUGGGCUGCACAGGAAGGGUGUCCCUGCAGAGCUCCCUGGGCAGGAGGGACACACAGGGGAGCCUCAAUCAGACCAGGGAUUCCUGCACAUAUCCCCUGCCCGGGGCCAUGGAAAGCUCAGCAGGGCUCCCUGCCAGGGCUUUGGGAGGGGGAGCAGGACUGGAAGGGCAGGAGUGAGGAAAGUCAUGAGUUAAAGACAGUUAAAUAAAUAAAGCACAACUGGCACACAAGCCAAGCAAAACAAGGGAUUAAUUCUCUCCUUCCCCUGGGUGGGCAGGUGUCCAGCCGUGGGGAGCAGAGCAGGGCCCCCUCACACGUAACAGUGACCUGGGAAGACAAAUGCUGCAACUCUGAACGUCCCCCUGCUUCCUCCUCCUUUCCCUGUGACAGUCCAAUAAGGAGGGAAAAAAAGGAGAACUGACCAAAAAAAGAAACCUACCCAAAAAUAUUCCACCAAGUGGUAAAGAAACCAUCACUUGCCAGCAGCCCAGAUGAUGCUCAGCCAGUCCCUUGCUGCCAGCACUCACAGCUCCUGGGGAAGGGGAUUUUGGCAGCAGCAGCUCCAGAGGCAAAAACCCAUCCAGAGCUGAGGGAUGACUGCAGGUCUGGAAGCUGAGGUGUCACAGGUGCCAAGGAGGUGGAGAACUCGGGGUGCACCAGGAGAGGCUUCAGCCUGCAGAAGCCUCUCAAACUGCUGCCUUUCCACUGCAGGAGUCCUCAGGCCAUGGAGUCACUGCUUGCUGGGGCUUGGUGCCCUCUCCUGACAGCUGUGGCUCGGAUGCAGCACUGACCUCGGGGCUCUGGGCAGGUCCAGCUGGACACCGGCAUUUCUCAAUUUGUCAUGGGCAAACAGUUCAUGUUCUCUGUUAAAGUAGUAGCUUUUGUGAUUAUCCACUCAAAACCCAAAGCAUUUUAUGACUCAGAGAAUAUUUCCCACCUCUAUGGUGCAUUUUUUUGUUUUUUGUUUUUUGGUCCAUGCCUAUGCCUUUCAAUUUCUAAAGCAGGGGUUUUCCUCAGUCAGAAAAUUUGUAUUCAAUUAUUAAUUAUAGUGAGGUUAGACACCCAUAAAAUCCUCUGCAGAGGCUGCACCCCCUCUUCUCUCCACCCAAAGGUCCACUGCUGGGGCAGGGAGGGAAGCCCAGUCCUCCAGAGCCCUGUGGGGCCUUUCCAGGCCUUCAAACAUCCAACAUGCACUGAUUUCCUCCAUGAAGAACAGACAGUGGAGGCAUCUACUAAUGGUUCUGGAGAGAGGAAUAAAUGGCUAAGGGAAAGGAAGAGCAGCUGUGUGCCUCAGACAAGCCUGGAAAGGGAGCUCAGGGCUGGCACAUAAGGUUUUCUGUGCCAGGGGAUGCUGGUUGGAAAAAGUCAUUAGCUCAGUUCUCCCUUAAUUACAGCCAUGUGUUUUUAACCAGUGCCUAGGAGCUGGUGUGGGCCUGGUGGCUGCUGGCCCCAAGGGUCUGCGCACUGGGGACAUGGCAGGGAGGGCAGGAGAACCUGGGGGUGAUGCAAAGCCCACAGAAGAGGAGUCUGGCUGCUGUGUGUCAGGCAUUUUCUCCCUGCAGAGCCCUGCCUGGGAGCAGUGGCACUAAAACCCAGUGGGGCUGUGCCCAGCUCUCUGUGUGGCCACCCUGCCCCAUGCAAGGCCAGCAGACCCCGUGUCCUGCAGACCAUUUCUUGUAAACCAGCAUUUUUAGCACAUUAGAUCUGUUUCCUUCUCCUUUCUCCUUUCAGAGAAAUCGUGCAGACAUGAGAUAAUCUUCAAGGAAAUCCAUUUCCACCUUUCUUCCCCUCUGAGACGCCUUGGAUUGAUUGCCUCAUCCCCCAAGCCACAGCCAGGUCCCCUCCUGUGCUCCCACUCAGCAUCAUCCCAUGCUGGCUCCCACCAGGACCUCACCUCUUCACACACGGCUGCAUCUGCCUUCCCAGGGAGCAGAUCCCUGCAUGGAAGCUGGGCUGAUGUCCAGCAGUGCUCCACGGGGCUGCCACUGGGAUCUGCAUCACUGCCCCUCCUUCCUGGCAUCUGGGAUGGCUCUCCUGGGGCUGUGCUAGGAUCUGUCCCAUCCCUGCAGGGAUCUCUGUGCACUGAUGGCCACAAGCCUCCACCCUCAGCUCUCAUUUCAAUCCCAGAGCUGCUGUGGGAGCCAGAGGCGACACAGGGGCUCAGGCUUGUGCUCAGACCCAGACUCUCCUCACACACCCCACAGGC